UUUUCAGAUCAUGGGUACACAAUUGGCCAUCCUAGGAUGGUUGGCUGUGGCUUUGGUGGUUGCUGCUGCAGAAAAUAAGAGUGCUUACGCACAAGCUGCAGACAACUUUCUCGAUGAGCUCGCUGGAAAAGAAGUAGAAGCGGUUCCUGUGCCCGAUGAAAAAGAUCAAAAUGAACAUCAUGAACAUUCGUCUCAUGGAUCACACGCAGGUCAUGGUGGACACGAGGGACAUAUGAUGAAAAUGUGGUUCCAUGGAGGAUUUGAAGAAGUUAUUCUAUUCGAUUUUUGGAGGACGGAUUCACUUUUCGGUAUGCUUUUAUCGUGUGCUGCUAUUUUCAUUAUGGGCGCCACAUAUGAAGGUGUCAAGUGGUUCCGUGUAUUUCUGCAAAUGACGCAAACACAAGCUCAGGUUCUUGCCAACAAAUCAUGCGUGGAGUUUGCACUUCAGACAACGCGGUCUUCUGGAGGCACUUGCCAUCAAUCGGUUACCCACUCACAGAGCAACAAGCCUCAAUCUGAACCGUUCCUGAUAUCGGCUUCGGUAGCGAGGACCCCUGCAACUUCGCCAUUCUCUCCUCAACGGCUCAUUCAGAUGCUCUUGUACAUUUUUCAAUUGGUGCUCGCCUAUUGGCUCAUGCUCAUUGUGAUGACUUACAACACUUAUCUAACUGCUGCGGUGGUAUUAGGAGCAGGAUUUGGACAUUGGCUGUUUGCAGUUCUCCAACUCCGAAAUUGUGAUGGAGAAGUGACGGAUUCGUUCCAAACCGAUGCGUGUCAUUAAUAAUUGCGAUCUCCAAUCUCAAUCCUCAAACAAAUCACCAAACAUCAUCAAUUCAUCUUUCCUCUUUAUUAGUUGAUUUAUCUUUUAAAAUGUAUUUCCUCACUAAUCGACCUUAGUUUCUCUCCUGCGGGUCGAUGAGCACCUUAGGAUCCCGCCUCUUUUUAUCACCAGAAUCUCAGUCAGAAGAAGUGUCUAAUUCAGAGCAAGCUGUCAAUUUUCUGAUUUUAUUUAUUUAUUAUUGAAUUUCUAUUUGCCCUAUUGAAGUUGUAAAUGAUAAUGAACAUUUGUCCUGUU